AUGGCCAUAAUGAAUCAAUUCUUGGAUGAAUAUGCGUACGAUCCGACGUCUAAGCUUUUCACUCCGUUUGCUGGUCCCGAGGAGGAAUGGAACUUCAAGAACUUGCCACCCACAACAUUCUGGAUUUGUGGCAUGGAUCCGCUUAGAGAUGAUGGCAUUGUUUACGAAAGAGUACUCAAGGAGAAUGGUACGAAGACAAAGACGUACAUGUAUCCGGGCUUUCCACACAGUUUUUGGGGGUUUUCACCGACUCUCAAUGCUUCAAAGAAAGCAGUACGUGAUUUUGUUGACGGAUUGAUGUGGCUGCUAGAGCAACAUUAG